CCCCCCCCUUUUACUUACGACUUAGAUACGGGUCGCUCUCAUCCACUCAUUUUAUCGUCCAUACCCUGUACAUACAUUGAUAUAGGCUGGGCCACCACUACGAUGUCUACAAAAAGACCCACUGUCGAAUUGGGCACUGUCCUGGUUGUCGGAGGCUGUGGAUUCCUCGGCUGGCACAUUGUUGAUCAAUUGCUUAACUUUCCCUCCGAAACCGAUCCCAGCGUUAUCCUUCCAAAGCCUCAGGGAGACCGUCGAUUUGAAUAUCCCAAGCUAAGCGGCAGGUACCCACGGUAUAUUGCUAAGGUUGCGGUGGUGGACUUGCGGACGACCCACAACCGAUUGCCAGGUGCGGACUACUAUGACGGAGAUAUCACUUCGGUAGAGUCGAUGCUCUCUGUCUUUUCCAAGGUCAAGCCCGAUGUAGUUAUCCACACUGCGACUCCAAACGUUCUGGAGGGCAAUAAGCCUCUGUUGUACAAGGUCAAUGUCGAGGGAACCAAGACGCUGCUGGAGGUGGCCGGUGGUGCUCAAGGCGAGUGGGGUGGCAAGUGCAAGGCGUUUGUGUACACGAGCUCUGCCUCUGUGGUGCACGAUACUCAGAGCGACUUGAUCAAUGUCACUGAGGAUUGGCCAUAUAUUAGAGGGAAGCUGCAACUGGAGUACUACUCCGAGACCAAGGCCGAUGCGGAAGAGCAAGUCUUGAAGUAUAACCGAACCUCUCCCUCCUCGAUGUUGACGUGCGCCCUCCGCCCGGCCGGCAUUUACGGCGAAAAGGAUACCUCAUUUUCAUUCAAGGUCUUGGAACAUGCGGCCAAGGCUUCCCCGACCGUGCUCCGAAUGCAACUAGGCGAGAACAACAAUCUGUUUGACUUCACCUAUGUCGGAAACGUUGCAUACGCCCACAUGCUUGCUGCGUAUCGCUUGCUCGCCAGCCAAGAACGGUACGAGUCCGGCCAAGCCGAGCCUCUGGACAACGAGCGCGUCGACGGGGAGGCCUUCAAUGUUACCAAUGACUCACCGGUCUAUUUCUGGGAUAUGACACACGCCGCCUGGGCACUAGCAGACAAGGUAGUCGAACCGCACCAAGUGUGGGAGCUUCCCGAGAGCGUCCUUGGCCCAAUUGGCGGCGCCGUGGAAACCAUGAUGGGUCUGUUCGGCAAACAGCCACGUCUGAACAGGCGGAUGGUCCGCUACUCGUGCAUGACACGUUACUACUCGGCUGAGAAGGCUAAGCUCCGACUCGGCUAUUAUCCUGUUGUUCCCGUUGACGAGGGACUCGCCCGUGCGGUUGGAUUUGUGGUUGAACGCCAGCGACAGGAGGGUGCGAAGAAGGGGCAGUGAUGGACGAGAGAACUCUAGUAUAUUUUUAUACCUAUUUAAUGUACGAUAUGUGAUUUGCGUCGUUUCGCUGGAGUUCUAUUACAUGGAUACCUAAUUGAAUGCCACGGGAAGCAGAAUCCCUUGUGGACUUGGACUACUGCAUAUACAUAUUAUAUAUAUAUAUAUAUAUAUUGUAUCAGCUAUUGAACAAACUUCGC